AUGAAGGGAGAUUGGGAAUAAAAGAGGAAGCAAAUAAAUAGCGACCUAUUCUUAUUCUUAUUUCAUCCGAACGAAUUAAGUUAGCGUCAAACGAACGAGGUUGUCGACUGUCUGUGUGUAGGAAAGCAAUCAAAUCAUGCAGAUCUUCGUGAAAACCCUAACCGGAAAGACCAUCACUCUUGAAGUUGAAAGCAGUGAUACCAUCGACAAUGUUAAAGCCAAAAUUCAGGAUAAAGAAGGCAUACCUCCUGAUCAGCAGAGACUGAUUUUUGCUGGGAAACAGUUGGAAGAUGGUCGAACCCUGGCUGAUUACAACAUUCAGAAAGAAUCAACUCUUCACCUUGUUCUGAGGCUCAGAGGAGGAACUAUGAUCAAGGUGAAGACUCUCACCGGAAAGGAAAUUGAAAUUGACAUUGAACCCACUGACACCAUUGAUCGGAUUAAGGAACGUGUUGAGGAGAAAGAAGGAAUACCUCCAGUGCAGCAAAGGCUUAUUUAUGCUGGAAAGCAGCUAGCAGAUGACAAGACAGCCAAAGACUACAAUAUCGAAGGUGGUUCAGUUCUUCACCUUGUUCUUGCGCUAAGGGGUGGCAGACUCUAGGUUGCACUUAACUUGGUGAAAACUUAGAUACGUGUUCCAUGAACUUGGGAUGACCAUCUCUUCUCCUCCCCUCUUCCCCUCUUUUGCUUAUUUACUAUUGGAAUAAACAGGAAAAUUUGUGGUUGAGUAUGUUGUGAUUGAUUGCCCUUUAUAUGUGUUGGAUUCGCGCUUAAUUUGCUAUUUCUGGUUCUUUUUCA